AUGACCUCGUCUGGCCCUGAGGAGACACCGACGUGGACUCGGCCGGUGGGAGAACUCCCCACUCCCGGGACUACCCAAACCAACGACUGUGCCGGGCAAUUUGUGGUCCCCACCGCGGAAGUGUUCAGUGGGGAUGGACUCGAGGAAAUCCGGACUGUCCACUCUUUGGGCAACGACCUCGAUGCCUACACCGAGUCGCCCGAUGGAGACGUUGGUGUCCCAUUCAACCCUUGCGACUGGACAAAGGAACACCCCGACUUUACCGUUCACAGGCACCAUGAGACGGGAAUCAAUGUUUGCGGCCAUGACCACAGCCCAAAGAUUGUGCCUCGGAGGAACGUCGAGGAUCACUUGAAAAAGUUCCACCCUUUGCCGAAGAAUGCAGCGUCCAAAGCCGCCGCAAAGGAAAAGCGGGCCCAGUUGAAGAAGCUCCUCCUCUCUAGCAAGGUAGACGAGAUCCCCCGUUUCGUCGACUACAAGUUCCCCCUCAUGCCCGUGAGCAACGAGACGUAUUGUGCUGAUUGCAAAAAGGUGUACAAGGAAAAGCGGCUGCACAAGGCGGGCCCUCUUUGUGAAGACGGCCACCAGUUCCCCGUCAUAUGCAACACGUACGGCAACGACAAGGUGGUGAUUGGCCCUGAGCCGAAAGUGUCCGCCGAUGAGGAUCUCGAUCGGAUUCUCGAUGCGUCGUAUAAACACACGCUCGAACUUCCUGUGAUUGCGUUGGAGAACGAUCUGGUGGAAACGGCCGAGAUUGCCAAGGCGUUCGGGUGGACCUACAAGUUGCGAGGGAAAACGCUGGCAGACGUCGCCCAUCUCCUCGCCGAUGCUAGCAACGACGAGCGAGAGUUGUGGGAGUUUGAAGUUCGGUUGAGCAAGAUCAUGACCACUGCCCACGAUCUAGUGACGCCGCUCGUCGCCAUGGUCGACAGCGUUGCCGGCAUGAAGGACUUUCGAAAGAGUCGGUUGUUUUCCACCUUCAAGGACUACUUGGGAUUGUUGAAGAUGGUGAUGCGGUAUACGUUGCGGACGUGGCAAUUGGACGAGACGGAGCGGAAGUACAGCUUGAGUGUGGAGUUGCAUCGCGCAUUGGGUGGGUUGCGGUUGGGUGGGUUGACGGACAUCGAGAGGUACAAGGCAACAAAGACAUUGGACGCCGUCGACAGUGAGGUGCUCGAAGUCAUGUGGCUAUUGACGAUUGAACCUGUGGGGAAGACGUACAGCACGCAUCCGUGGGUGAUGGCCAUUGGCUCGAAGAUGCUCAACCUGCGGGGCGGUUUCAACAUGGACGACACGUACCACCGCUACUUUACCGCCAUGCAAAAGAUGGGACGCUACAUCUAUGUCAGGAAAGCAUGGCACCACGAUCCAAGCUGCCCCCAGAAAUGGCUCCAUGCACAGGAAGUUUUGCGCCGCAAUUGCCCCCACGACAUUGUCAACACCUUUACCAAGAUGGAAGGGCUUCGUGCCAAAAGGAGUGGGCGGUACUUGCCACUCGGUCCGAUGCAGUGGUACCCCGAGUACAACCAGGUAAAGUACCGGGGCAAGUUCAUUGACUUUACCACUUUUGGUGACGCCCUCAAGAGAAUGGUCCAUGAUGCCAAAGAGUUGAUGUGUUUGCAGUGGGGGGUUGACGACUUUGACCAAAUUCCUGGGUUUGACUUUCACGCCACCGAGGACCAGUUUUUCCCCAACCACGGCGACUGGCUAGCACGAGACACCAUGAGGCAGGACCGCAUCCUUGCCCGGAAGAUCCUUCUCAAGAGUGGGAAGAUGAGGUUGGAAGAUGGCAAAGUGGAUUGGGUGCAAGGCGAACGUGAGUUGUGGGAAAGACGGCAAGGCAAGCUUUCGGAGUUGAUGGCAAUGAUGUACUAUUUUAGCGGGUCGGGGGUGGCCCGGGCACCCGAGUUUAAGGUGGUGCGGUGGCGGAACAACGGCCAGGGCACAAAAUGCAGCACGAACUUUUACAUGUAUCGCGGGCAAAUGUUCGUGCACACGUUCAACCAAAAGUCCGAACGGUUCCGCGCCACCGGGGUGAUACGGUUCUUGCCUGAGGAUGUCAGCCAGAUCUACAUGAAGGCGUUUCGCUUUGCGUUCCCGAUAAUGGGGGACUUUGACGACGACACGGAGAGGAAGCGGUUCCAACCCAACGACUUUCACUUUAACGCGUUUCCCAACUACAAGGACUGGAUCAACUCGGUGAUCCACCUCGCUUUCAACAGGUAUCUUGGAGUCAAGGGCGGUCUCAAAGACCUCCGCCAUAUUGUGAGUGCGUUGUUUACCAUGCACGGGAUGGACAUGGCCGAGUUUGGGGAUGAUGCGUUUGACAACGACGAAGACUACGAGAACAACCAGGACGAUGAGCUUUACGACGGCGGCAUUGACGGUGUUCUUCACCGGCUUUUGGGCCACCUGGCGCAGACGGGACGCACCAAGUACGGCGGAGCCCAGUACUUGACGGGGGAAGCCACCCAGCAAGAAGUGCUCAGGAUGUAUUUGGUGUCGAGGAAGGUGCAGAGGUGGAUGGGAAUCCCAACGUCCAACGUUAUCCGGUCGACCGAGCAGGGUCUGCGGGAUUUCCGACGGAAGCGUACGCGGCAGAUGAUGGAGAUGGACGGCCAGGCCAACUUUGAGCGGGUGAUGAAGGGGAAACGGGUCAAGCCCAACCCGGGACAACUUGAGAUCAUCGAGGCUGCCGCGAACCGGACGACGUCGGAUUCGGUAUCGCUUGUGGUUGCGCCCACGGGGCUGGGCAAGACGGCUGCGAUUGCUGCGAUUGCCGCCGAUGUGAACGCCCGGACGUCGGUGGUGGUGGUGCCCACAGUGGCGCUUGUGUAUGACUUGGUGGACCAGCUUAACGGGUACUUUGGGAUUGUUGCGGUGGCGUUGAAUGAUGUGGCAGGGUACAACUACCGACGCCAGCACCUGGUGGUGGUGAUGACGUAUGAAUACGCUGAAAAGCGGCACGAUUUCUUCGAGAAUUUGGGCUGGUGCCUCGACGUGUGCUGGGUAGAUGAACUGCAUUACAUUUGGAAUUCUAGCAGUGCUUUCCGGGGCUCCAUCAAGGGGGGGUUGCAGCGGAUGCUCACGUACCCUUGCAAGGUGAUGUUGAUGACCGGGACGCUCGCGCUCAACGAAGAAAAGCGGCUUAUCAAGGAGUACGGGUUGAAACCCGAGCAGGUUGACACCACUGUGCGUGUGCCCAUCAAGCACCCGCACUUUGAGUACGUGUAUGAGAACAUUGACCUUACAGAGGCCGAAGAUGCUGCCGAGUUUGUAAUUGAAUGGUUACCGCGUGUUCCAGACAAGGGCAAGGUGAUUGUGUUUGCUGCCACUGUUCCCAAGUGUCUCAGAUUGCAGGAGAUUUUGAAAGCGAGGCUCCGCGACCACCCCAUCUAUACCCGUGAGUUGAGGAAAAACGAACUUUUGAAGAAAACGAACUUCGCGAGCGCUAACAAAAAAGGGGGCAAUCUGCAGGACGAUUUGGAAAAAUGCGUGAGAAUAAAGCGAACUUUCAAAACGAACUUUUUGGGUUUUAGUAGGGGGAAAGCGAACUUUUUGGAUUUCAGUAGGGGGAGAGUGGUGGUGGUCGACGGUGUGAGGUAUACAGAUAGGUCGAUGCGGCUAGGCGGUCUCACCGAUGUAUUAGUUUAUCUUUUCGUUGGAGGUUUUACGUUUUGGCGAGUGUAG